AGGAGCAGGCAGGCAGGCGCAUCAGGCUGUCAUCUCCUGUCGGCAACUUCUGUCUCAGUCAGGUGGUUUUUUCGGGCUAAAAUGGACACCUGGAACAAACUGAAACAAUUCGACGCUUACCCCAAAACUCUGGAGGAUUUCCGAGUGAAGACAUGGGGCGGAGUGACCGUGACUCUGAUCAGUGGCGUGAUCAUGUUGAUUCUGUUCAUCUCCGAGCUGCAGUAUUAUCUCACGAAAGAGGUUCACCCGGAGCUGUACGUGGACACGUCUCGAGGCGACAAACUCAAGAUCAACAUCGACGUGGUGUUUCCUCAUAUGCCCUGUGCCUAUCUCAGUAUUGACGCGAUGGACGUGGCCGGAGAACAACAGCUGGACGUCGAACACAAUCUUUUCAAACAGAGACUCGACAAAGACCUCAAAGCAGUGACGGACGAGGCAGAAAAACAUGAGUUGGGAAAAGCAGAUAACGGGGAAGUGUUUGACCCGAGUUCUUUGGACCCAAACCGAUGUGAGAGCUGCUACGGAGCCGAGACCGAAGACCUGAAAUGCUGUAACACGUGCGAUGACGUGCGUGAGGCCUACAGGAGACGAGGAUGGGCCUUCAAGAACGCAGACACCAUCGAGCAGUGCAAGAGAGAAGGGUUCAGUCAGAAGAUGCAGGAGCAGAAGAACGAAGGCUGUCAGGUCUACGGCUUCUUAGAGGUCAACAAGGUGGCAGGAAAUUUCCACUUUGCUCCGGGGAAGAGUUUCCAGCAGUCACAUGUUCACGUGCACGCUGUGGAAAUUCACGACCUACAGAGUUUCGGCUUGGACAAUAUAAACAUGACCCACAUGAUCAGACAUCUGUCGUUUGGGAAAGAUUAUCCGGGAAUCGUCAACCCACUGGACGGGACCAACGUCACCGCUCCACAAGCCUCAAUGAUGUACCAGUAUUUUGUGAAAAUAGUUCCCACAGUUUACGUCAAAACAGACGGAGACGUGGUCAAAACAAACCAGUUCUCCGUCACUCGUCAUGAAAAAGUCGCCAACGGUCUGAUCGGGGACCAGGGGCUGCCAGGGGUUUUUGUUUUAUACGAGCUGUCUCCAAUGAUGGUCAAAUUCACAGAGAAGCACAGAUCGUUGACACAUUUUCUCACAGGAGUUUGUGCCAUCAUCGGUGGAGUUUUCACAGUUGCCGGUCUGAUCGACUCCCUGAUCUACCACUCGGCGCGCGCCAUCCAGAAGAAGAUAGAACUGGGCAAAGCGUCGUAACACACAACUGUGCAACACCCCCACGGGACAGAGCAGAGGACAGAGCAGAGGACACGCUGUGUGUGGACAGACCCAUGAGGACAGAUCUAUGAGGACAGACUUUGGACAGGCUGUGGAUGGGACAGGACUGUGGACAGGACUG